CUAAUAGUCCACUAAAAAUACCCUGCCGGGUGGCCUUUUCCUGCAGGCAGCACAGCUUCCAGGGUACGUGUGGGCCGUUGAGGAAAGAGGACAUGAGUGGAGCUGGUCUGCAUGCGGCUUCCUGCGCUAUGUUAUAAAGACUCCCCUCCCUCCGGCUAACCUCCACAGUCUUUCUCAGACAGCUGUGGUAGGUUAUAUCUUGGGAUAGCUAUAUUGAGGUAGCUGACAGUUGAACUGAGGGUUGCGAGGUCAGCAUUGUGCACAUUGGUUCUCGUCCCUGCUGGUCGGGGUACGAGUAGGGAGCUGGUCUCACCUAACAGAGGCAUCCAGGAGACUGCCCUCUAUGUAUUCUCUAGCUGGUGCCUUCCUCAACAAGAUGAGCAAGAUCCAGGUGGUGGAGGGAUACCAGGUUGGUGGAAGGCGUGCGGUGGUGGCGUCUGAUGCGUCUGCUGCGGAGGGAUAUGUGAAGGAGUUUACGCGCCACUCCAACGACGUCCUGCUGAAUCUGAAUGAGCUGAGGCACCGGAACAUUCUGACCGAUGCCACCCUCAUGGUGGGCACUGCCCAACUGCAGGCUCACUGUGCUGUGCUCAUUGCCUGCAGUGGGUUCUUCUACUCCCUGUACUGCCAUCGUGUGUCCUCCCCCGUACAGAGUGGUGCUGGAGGCCAGGCCCUAACCCUGUCUCUCCCUGACUCCCUGGACCCCUCCAGCGUCUCCCUGCUUCUGGACUUCAUGUACACCUCCCGGCUGCCUCUCACGUCACACACCGUCCCCGGGGUGCUCGCCGUCGCCACCUACCUGCAGAUGGACCACGUGGCUGACACCUGCAGAGCUUUCAUGUUACACAUUGAGAGGAUGAGAGGGACUCCCCCUCAAGUGGAGCUGGACUCCACGGUGUCUGCAGUGUUUGAGGCACCCUCAGGGGGAGUUCCUCCCAGUCCCCCUAUCAAUGGAAGACCCCGCCCGUCUGUUCUCGCUGUCUCCACCCCCUCACAGCCCGCAGCGGAGGCUGAGGGCCAUAUUUGCCCUGACUCAGCCAGGGUCCCUGGAGACAUCCGGGCCUCUCUGCAGCCAGGGACUUUCCUGACCCGUAAGCCCAGGACAAAGGAACUAAAGUUGGAGCCUGAAUCCCCUCUCCCCACACCCUCUCCAGAAAGCCCAUCCCGCUCCAGCUGCCAGCCCAACUCUCCUGCUGAGUCCAAAACCUGUAACCUGGGUGAACCCAAGAACAGCCCUGACCCUAAGGCGUGCAACUGGAAGAAGUACAAGUACAUCGUCCUCAAUCCAUUCUGUGCCAUAACCACGGUGAAGGAGGAGGAGCCUGAGGAGGUCGAGCAGCAGCUUAGGCACACCCCCACCUCUGAUAGGAUGGAGGUGACAUUGAAGCCAACUAUAGAGGCAUGGCCAGGGGAAGGAUCUGGCCAAAAUGACAGGCACGUCUCCUGCUAUGAUGUCCCUGGCCGUAGCCCUCCUCUGGUGCCCCUCACAGGGCUGUCAGCACACUCUGCAGACCACCCCAUGGAGCCUCCCACCCACAAGGAAGGAACAGCCUCGCCUUGCUAUCUGGCACCACGCCCAUUGCAGCCAGAGGCUGCCCAUCACUGCCAACACCCAAUCAAGCGCAAGAAUUACGGCUUGCCAUUCCGUUACUCCGACAACCUGAGCGUGAUAAAGGCUGUCUGCACAGGUAAGGCAGCCCCUGCUGCCGGCGACAAGCCGUACCGCUGCAACGUGUGUGGCGCCCAGUUCAACCGGCCCGCCAAUUUGAAGACCCACUCUCGCAUCCACUCUGGAGAGAAGCCCUACCACUGUGAUACCUGCGGGACCCGAUUCGUUCAGGUGGCCCACCUGCGAGCCCAUGUUCUGAUUCACACAGGGGAGAAGCCCUAUCCCUGUCACACCUGUGGCACUCGCUUCCGUCACCUGCAGACCCUGAAGAGCCACCUGCGUAUUCACACGGGCGAGAAGCCUUACACUUGUGAGAAGUGUGACCUGCACGUCCGCCACAAGAGCCAGCUGCGUCUCCACCUGAGGCAGAAGCACGGCGCCGUCACCAACAACAAGAUCCACUACAAGGUCCUGGCCGACCCCUACCAGUCCAUCCUGCAGGCCUGUUAAAUGUCUUCCCUUUGAACCCGGACUUUAACCCCUAACCCCAUUAUAACACCUAAACAUAUAGUUGGAAGUACAUGGGUCCUGUAUGUGAUUAGCCAAUCAAGCCAUGAUGUUCUAAUAUGAUUUGGGGAAAGACAGCAGGACCAGAGAUCUGCGCUGAUAUGUAGAUAGCAUGCUGAUGCCUGUCCUCUAUAUGCUGUCAGUGAGGCACAUAUGAGUUAGGUCAGUAUAACCUGGAUCUUGUCAAGAGUUACUGGGAGUAGUAUGGAAUGUUUUUGUAGCCCAUCAGUUUGAGAGAGAGAGAGAGAGAGAGAGAGAGAGAGAGAGAGAGAGAGAGAGAGAGAGAU